GUUUCCAAGAAUCCUGAUCUCACUUAUCGUCCAGAAUGAGGAAGCUUCAAAACGAAAGUUAAAUCGAAGAGGUGAGAAGCCACGUAAGCGAUGGAAGACCUAAAAAAGAUCCGUAGCGGAUUUGUGGGGAAAGUCGGACUCCCAGCUUUGAAAGGUCUGCUGGAUGACCUUUGGCAGUGCAAAGUGUUGAGUACCGAAGACAAGGACACUGUGUUGGAGGACCAGACGAUCAGAUCGGACCGGGCUCGGUGUCUGAUCGACAUGGUGAUGGCGAAAGGGGAGAGAGCAAGUGUGGCGAUGAUUGAUUGUAUGUUGGAGAGGGACCGGGAACUAUACCUCACCCUGGGUCUGAUCCUUCCUCCCAGCCCUACUGAUCGUGUGGUUUUUCCUGACAGCAUCACUGAAACCAGCUCCGCAGGGCCGGAUCUGUCCGAUAGGCAGCUCAUGAAGGUGGCCCAAACGCUGGGACAGGAGUGGGAGCAGGCGGCCGUCCACCUGGGGCUGGAGACCAAAGAUCUGGACGACAUCAAGGCAGAACAUAGAUCUGUGGUCAUGCAGAAGCAGAAGAUGUUGGUGCUGUGGAAGAGCCGAAGACCACCAGGAGAGGCCACAGCUCUGGACCUGCUGGAAGGUCUGGAAGACCUGGAGGACCUACCGGUCGAGACUCGUCAGUUAUUGUCAGGGCAGAAUCUGUCCGAUAAGCAGCUCCUGGAGGUGGCCCAAAGGCUGGGACAGGAGUGGGAGCAGGCGGCCCUCCGACUGGGGCUGGAGACCAAAGAUCUGGAGGCCAUCAAGGCAGAACAUAGAUCUGUGGCCAUGCAGAAGCUGAAGAUGUUGGUGCAGUGGAAGCGCCGAAGACCACCAGGAAAGGCCACAGCACAGGACCUGCUGGAAGGUCUGAAAGACCUGGAGGACCUACCGGACAAUACUCCUCUGUCAUUAAGCGGGGAACUUCAAAGGAUCCGUUCUGAAUUUGUGACGAUAGUUACAACCUCAGUUAUCAAAGGUCUCCUGGAUGAUCUUUGGCAGCAGCACGUGUUCAAUACUGAGGAAACUGAAUAUAUGAAGGAGGGCUUCAGAAUAAGAGCAGACAUGGCACGUUGUCUGAUCGACAUGGUGAUCAGGAAAGGGGAGAGAGCAAGUCACAUAAUGAUUGACGGUAUGAAGAAAAGGGACCAUCACCUAUGCUCCACCCUGGGUCUGAUCUCUUCUCCUGCUGGUGUGGGACAUGGGGACGACAAGAUGCUAGUAAAGCCGAAGGAACCAACGUUUCUUUCAAGGGGGGAACUUCAAAGGAUCCGUUUUGAAUUUGUGAAGAGAGUUACAACCUCAGUUAUCAAAGGUCUCCUGGAUGAUCUUUUGCAGCAGCACGUGUUCAGUACUGAGGAAAAGGACUAUAUGAUGGAGGACUUCCGAACAAGAGCAGACAUGGCACGUUGUCUGAUCGACAUGGUGAUGACGAAAGGGGAGAGAGCAAGUCACAUAAUGAUUGACGGUAUGAAGAAAAGGGACCCUGACUUAUGCUCCACCCUGGGUCUGAUCUCUUCUCCUGCUGGUGUGGCCAGAGACCGUAAAACCCGCUCCGCAGGGCGCAAUCUGUCCAAUAAGCAGCUCCUGCAGGUGGCUGAAAUGCUGGGACAGGAGUGGGAGCUGGUGGCCAUCCACCUGGAGCUGAGCAUCACAGAUCUGGACGUCAUCAAGGCAGACAGACAGACGGAUGUGGCCAUGCAGAAACACAAGAUGUUGGUGCGGUGGAAGCACCGAAGACCACCAGGAGAGGCCACAGCUCAGGACCUGCUGAGAGGCCUGGAAGACCUGGAGGACCUACCGUUCAAGACUCGUCUGUUAUUGACAGAUUAUUGGACCGGCGAGGAGUUACCAAAUCUAUUGGAAAGAUUCUUAAACCAGUUCCAGAGGUCCAACGAGAAUGAGAGCCAUAUGCACGCUGUGUCCUCCAAUGAAACCAACACCCCUGAGUCCGCUCCACAACUCCCUCAAGCAACAGAGGAAGAGGAAGAGGAUAAACCAUAUCCCAUGAAGGCUCAAACGAAAGGCUACUGCUUGAUCGUCAACAACUUUGACUUCAGCAGUUCCCCUCUGGGCCAAAGUAAACGGAUGGGGACACACAUUGAUGAAGAGAGCCUGAGGCUUGUGUUCACCUGGCUGGGCUUCAAGGUUGAGGUGCUGCCGGACCUCACCGGAGAAAAGAUGCUCUCCUCCAUGCGGGAGCUGGCCCGCAGGGACCACAGUUGGAUGGACUGCGUGGCUUGCGUCGUCCUGAGCCACGGCCUGGAGGGCGGCGUGUACGGGGUGGACGGGGGGGUGGUCCGGCUGAAGGAGCUCACUGACGUCCUGAAUGGGGUGCGGUGCUCCUCUCUGAGAGGGAAGCCUAAGCUGUUCUUCAUCCAGGCCUGCCAGGGCAACAAGAGGGAGCAGGCGGUCCCCGUCCUGGCCAACAGACCCGCCCCCCCAGAGGUCAGCGCACAAACCGACGGACCCAGUAGCACUGGGGACCACACCCAGACGGACGGACCCAGCAGCACUGGGGACCACACCCAGACGGACGGACCCAGCAGCACUGGGGACCUCUGCAGCGACGGCGUGGAGGCGAGUAUGUUGAUACCCACCUCGGCAGAUUUCCUGACCGCCAUGGCUACCACUCCCUCCUAUCUCUCUAUGAGAGUCGAGGACCGAGGCUCCUGGUUCAUCCAGUCCUUGUGCCAUAACCUUGUGAAGUUGGUUCCUGGUGGCAAAGACUUAGCCAGGAUCCUGACGACGGUUCACAACGAUGUGGGCAAUAAGUCCAACCGCAUCGGCGGACGCAGACAGAUGCCCCAACAUCACACCUCUCUGCGGACAGAUCUGGUCUUCCCCGUCCCUGAAGACCCUCCUCCCCGUCUGCCCACCAGUCCCUAGCUACCAAGGCUCUGCUCCAAUUGGUCGACUGGUGCUGUCACGUUAAAAUUGUACCGGGGGCGAAAAUUGUACCGGCCUACGUCAUCGUUUGUUUACAUCCUGACAACCUGACAACC